GCCUUCCCCGGCUUUGACUACCCGGCCCACCUCUGGUGCAGCUCGCGGGAGAUCGCCGUCGCCUGCCAGGUGGAGAGCCACUGCGCCAACCUCUCGCGCCCCAGCGCCACCCCCGUGGAGCUGAGCCUGUACUACGAGAGCCUGUGCCCGGCGUGUCGCAUGUUCCUGGUCCAGGAGCUCUUCACCACCUGGCUGCUGCUGCCCACCGAGGCCCUGAGCAUCACCCUGGUGCCCUACGGCAACGCUGAGGAGAGGAAUGUCAGCGGGAAGUGGCACUUCCAGUGCCAGCACGGCCCGGAGGAGUGUUUGGGCAACAUGAUCGAGGUGACGGUGACGGUCCCCGUCCCCACGUGGUACUUCCUCGGCAUGGGCACGCUGGAGGGCCAGUCUCUAGAGGAGAGCUGGGAGGAGCUGAAGGAGAAAUUUUGGGAGUUUUACAAGGCUGACUGGUGCGUCUGGCCGGCGGCUCAGCUCAUGAAUUUCCUCUUCGUCCCGCCCAAGUACCGGGUGGUUUACAUCAACGUGAUCACGCUGGGCUGGGACACCUACCUCUCCUACCUCAAGCACAGGGUGAGCGCCGGCGUCACGGUGCCGCGCGGCCUCUUCACAGAAGCACGGCACUACAGGAACACACGAGGAGCCGAAGGCCCUGCGGCAAAUUAG